CCAAAUCCAAAAAACAGAAUUGUGCCACUGUGGUUUAGUUUCGCUGGCACGUUACCGCGUCCUGACCGCUAGUGUCAUUGAAAUGGCUUUAUUCUGCUGGAAAACUUGGUGACAGGCUUGCUAAACCUGACAGACAAUGUCUGUUGGUUGAUCGGUUGACGUACCAGCCGUUUCUGCUUGUGUGCGUUGUGAUCGUCGCACUUGAUCCUUUCGCUCCGGAAAGACUCGCCCUGUCCUAUAAGGACUGUGUGCGGCCAUGACGCAGCGGCGGCUUCCGAGCACGGCUGCAGCUGCCCGCGAAGUGAAGACUGGCCCAGCCACGGUUGCCGAUAAACAGUUGAUGGGUGAGGAACAAUGUAGCCUGCAAGUGGCCUUCGAGGAACUGCAGUGUCACCUAAGACAGUCACGGGACGAGAUUGCCCGCCUCGAACGAGUCAAGGCGAAGCUUCGGGCCGAGGUGGAAGCAAAAAACAUUAGCCUGGGCUACCUCCAGCAGCAGCUAGACAAACGCGACCAAGAGGCAGAAGACCUGAAGUCAAAGCUUGAGCAGGAGAGCCAACGGAAUGCUGACCUCACACAGCAGCUUGCAGAUGCCCAAAAAGCAAACGCUGGAGGCUUUGGUUCAUAUCCACUGCCACAGUCCACGAAGAAGCAGCCAUUUCGCUACCCUGUUGAAGUGGGCCUCCGUGAUUCCGAUCAAGAAGACCCGGCUGCGUGGACAUUGGAUGGCAUGUCGCAGCUGUUGAUGGCCCGAAUGCAGCAGGAGAUGAAAAGCUUGGAAGAGAUGGGUGGGGAAGUCGUCGAAGAUCUUCCAUCAAGCGAUGGGUCCAGGACUCCUCUUGGCCACGACCAGCCACGUAAAGGGGCAGCAAAGGGAGCAGGUGAAGAAGAGGCGAUACAGCGUGACAGCAGCCUGCAAGCUGCAAUGCGGCUCAUUGCCACACUCACUGCACAGCUUAACACUGCCAGGGAAAGGGUGCUGGGCCAGAGGGCAGCGCUGCUCUCCACCUUGGCAAGGCUUAGAGGUACACGUGCUUCCUGCUUAUCCUCCUCGCACAGCGAGGAGGAACAGUUGGCCAGGAGGAGAGACGACCCAACGAAUGAUAGCCAGCCCAAGAGGCCAGGCGAACGCCCCAGUCGGCCGGCACUAAGCGGAACAAGGCCCUCGGAUGAAAGCUUUCGUGUCUACUUUACGCAGCAGCUUUCCGCAAGCGGCCUCAACACAGAACUGUCCCAAGGCACGUUACCAGAAGAGGAGCUCGAGAGGGUGUGUCCCAUCUGCGAGGUCCUCUUCCCACGACGCGUCUCUCAGGAUGACUUCGAAAGUCACGUCCUGGAGCACCUUUCGGGUCAUCCACUGGUGCUCGAUCCAGCACAGUAAACCCUAGGGAAAGGAGAGGUGGUGUUGUUAUCAGUCCAUAGAAAUUGUUGGCGCUUCUAUGUUGUCUGCUGUGUGCUGAUUGAGCACGCAGGUAAGCUUAUGGCACACCGGUUCAGCCAGUCAGAAAACACUAUUAAUUUAUCUGGCUGGUGUUGAACUAUGUGCAUAGAACCACCAAACAUAUAGAUGUUUCAAGAAUAACUUGAUUUGGGUGCAUCAAUUCGUUUUGACGGCACUCGUAUAAGAUCACUAAAAAUGAAAAUGUAAAGAACACGUAAGCAUGACCGGCAUUUAACUUCAGUGCCAGUGCUUCCGCAUGUGUUCUUUUUGUCCUUGUCCUUAACGCUGUUAUGUAGACACUAUAAGGGUUGAUUGAAGUUACUGUCAGUCCCAUGAACGAUAUGUGUGACUUGUUGCACUAAUUCAGUGCCACCCACCUUUGGAGAUGCGAAAUCCUUGUGUAUUUUAGUGGUAACAAAUUAUUUGCUGUCAAGGAAGGCUCUCUUGCAGUAUUUGAAUACAAUGAUUGCAGCUUAGCUCGAUGUAAAGCUUCCUUGCAAUGGACGCUCGUGCACAAAAACUCCGUGCACACAAGUCCCUAUAACAGUCGGCACAAUACAAGCUGUAUAUUUAGUGAGUCAUUUCACAUCUUUGGAUGCCCUUUUAGAACAUCUACUAGCCAUGACAGGGUGGCAUUAGCCACAGUGUGAGUUUGACAGGGUAAAGGGCUAUGCAACGAUUGCUGGGUCGCACUUGAAAGUGAACACAAUUUUUCAUUUUUUGCAGCCGACACUGAAAUAAAUUCAGCGGUGCAAAUGCAAUGCACUUGAAAUUUUAGCAUCUUAUGAUGGUGUGUGGUGAAAAUUCUUGCAUUUACUAGAGAGAUAGCGAAGUGACACAUACUGCUCAUAUCUACUUUGUUACAUCCUACAUUGUUUGCUCUCCACUGUUACCUAAUACUGUGUAGGUAUUUCCGGCAUUAUCAUGGUUUCAUUCAUUGCCGACUUUGCAUAUUGACCAAAUAGGCUAUUGUUUAGAUGGGUUUACAUUUUGCCUUGCACACUUUGGAAUGUGAGUGUGGGCAUGAUAUGAUCGCAUUUGAUAUGAUUGUUCAUAAAAUUGACCAUCUCUAACUUUUCUGGUAAAUCCAGAACACUGCCUGUGCAUGUUGUCCAUGUAGAGAGAGAUUUGGCUUUAAUGCAGCCAACAGAUCAUGCCCACUUUUAUAGUUGCGCAUAGAACAUUUAUAGUUGCGUUGAGUUUUACCACUGAUGCUCCAUACCCUGCUUGAAUAAAGUUAUAUCAAGAAAUGUAAGUUAGCUCUACACUAAGUGUUACUGAAUUUCCCUGUUAACUGUCAACAGAUUACACUGCUAUGAUGCUUGAGAUGAAGCUGCCUGUCUAGAGAGGGUACUACUGCAUUUCCUCUUUAAAGCCACCAGAUAGUUGAACAACACUCUGAAAAUGAAACCUAUGGUUUGUAAAUCGAGAUGCGACAGUAAAGUUUGUGAAUUGUUCCAAAAGCAAGAAAAGUAUGUCAUGUACCAUACUCACGAAUGGAAACAGUACAAUUUAGGGCUAAGUAACAGACAUACUUUCGUUUCCACCGUCUUCAGUUCGUGUCAUAUCGGCCUAAUUUCAACUCAAACGCGUUGAUCACAGCCAAUAUUAUCUUUAGAGACUGGAUUCAUCGCAACGUAAGGUGGUUAUCUCAAGCAAUUGCGCUUACCAGUCGUUAUACUAAAAAAUUUGAUGUCGCCUUUGAAUCCGUGAGUACUGUACAUGAUAACAUUUACUUAUUAAUUGGGCCAGGAAAUAGAUGCGCCAAAAACUGUGCGUUACUGUGAAUGCAUUACUGAAGAAAAAUUAAAAAUAUUGGUGUGCCAAGAAACAAAUCUAUUCCUACAUUUUGUUAAAUUUCUGGUCAUUGGCUACGUAGCUUGUUUGCUGGCGCUUUUGUGAACUACUUCUGUGAAAUGUGCUGGUUGUGUCGAUUGGUACUAAUCAACAUGAUGGUUUGAUCAUCAUGGAAACGAUGGUCAGGCAAGCAUGAUGGAUUUCUUAACAGCUCACUUUUGACAUUUGAUCUUCCUCAGGCUAAUUUGCCAUCACAAAUUUAAGUUCAUCACAGAGUGGUAACAGUCAGAAGCUGUUCUCGUAUCUCACAGAAACAAGAUCUUGCUUUUAAAAUACCGCUGUAAUUAGCACAACACAAAUUCCUCAACAUAGUUUAAAGGGGCCCUGCAACCAUUGAAUGGCUCCAUUAAGGGAGCUUAUUGCCUCACGAAUCGACCGCCGCAAAAAUUUUUAGAAUCCAUCAAGUAUGAGUGGAGUUACAGGACUUUGUUGCAUGCUUCGAUUUCCUUCUCUCUCCUCUCGUCCCGACAAGUGCGCUGGAAGCUAAGCAGGGAGAGAUGGCACGGGGGAAAGAAGUUACGUCACGCGCGCGGCAUGACCUUGAGCGCUUUUUCUUUUUUCUUCGAAUGCGCGGCUUAUUUUCAGCGGCACAUGGCAGCCUCGGUAACCGCUGUGCAGCUCGCAAUGCUGAAAUCAGCCAAUGACCGUGAAUUUGGGUGUAUGGCAUGGUCAGUUGAGUAUAUGGCAUCAUUUGUAGAAAGAAGAGGGAACGAUUUCUGGUCAACUUUGAGAAAUAAUUGUAAAUUCCAGGGGCUGCGUGCUGCACUAUAAUGUUUGGCUUGCGUGUUCUCAGGAGCGUCAAAUACCGAUCGGCAGCAUUUUCUGACCAUGCUGAAAAAGUGUUGCAGGGUCCCUUUAAGUAUUCUUUGCAUUAUUAAUGAAGGAAGCGAUAAAUACACCAUCAGCCAAGCCAUUUAUAGUCUGUGGCACCCAUCAUUUCCAUGAUCGUUGGAUACUCUCGGUAUUAUCGGUAUUAAACUCUUGUAGGUGAGGAGUGUGCAUUGCACAUUGACAAUUUUUGAUAUGCUGGUCUGGACACUUUGGUGAACAAAUGCGUGCGAUAAAUAUUAAAAUACCUGGGUUCAAUGCCAAAUGGUUCCUUUUUUUAUUUAUUGUUCUGGUGCUGGAAUGUCAAGAGUGCAGGCACUGUUGUACUGUCCAAAACCAUUGUAAAUUGCUUUACUUACAGCCUGCAAGCUGCCAUUGCAACCAUCAUUAAUUCUUUUUGCAUUUGUGGCGGGUACUUUCACCUUUUGAACCCUUGAUCCCCCAAGCUUUACCCAUCCUGGCAGCUUGUACUAGUAUCACCCAGGCGCGAUUUUCUCCAGGUAACACUUCUUUACCUGCUUUCAGAAAAUCAGUCAGAUCUGCCAAAGAACUUCAGCACAUCUAUUCGGUGACUGCGCAUAUUUUUUUAAUAGUUCGCAUUCUUUUCAUAAUAUAAUGAACUCUGGCAUUUGGAUUAAAUACUGAAUCUCAGCUUCCUUGCAUAACAUUGUGGGUAGUUAUGAAAUAUUGCAAUACAAAUUUAAGUGCGAUCUUGCAAAAUUAUGGAAAUUUUCACGAGCCCAAGUGUUAAGCCACAUUACUUUGGCUUUUUCUAUGGGGUAUUGUGUAUCGCACCAUUUAUUUGAGGACAACAUAUCAAAUGAGCAUGGGAGGGGACUUUCCUGCAAGCUGUGUUCACAUGUUCACUAAGUGUGUAUUUUUUUACCACUACAUAUUUUCUUUUUCUUCUUUUUUAGAACUAUGGCAUGCUCACCAUUCUUAGCAUUUUGUGACAACCCAAACAUUUAUGGGUCUUUGUAUUAGGCUAAAGACAGAGUUUUAGUGAAAGUUUUAUGUUGUGCGCCGAUAUUAAUUGUGCAUUUAACGCAAACACGUUAAAGCCUAACACAGUAAAGUUGUUAACCUACAAUUUCA